UCUUUUUACAAGAAUUACACAAUGGAUCGUUUUCUACUUUUUGGCAUCAUUCUUGUAGCGGUUCUGGAACUGACUGCAGGCCAAACCAAAAACUGUUGUUCCCCCGACCAAUGGCAAGGUCUUCAGAGUGUCACCAUUGAAAGACAAUGGGGUCCAGAAUAUAAAGUCAAUUACUUAUCUUAUGACUACACUAACCAACGUGUGGCUUCUUUUGUGAAUUUCACUGACAUAUCUGGACAUGUUUCUUCCUAUGAAACUCUUGAGCUGUACAGUGGACCAAACAGUUGUACGCUGUAUUAUCUCGACUUGAAGACCAGGAAGUGCUUUGUAGACAAACUGCCCCUUUCUUUUAGGAGAUUCUGUGUUCCAGACUUGGUUCAGAAAGUUGGCGAUUUUACCUUAGGAACUGCAACUGAGUCUCUCCCAGUCACUGUAUAUUCUAUCACGGGACAAAACACGACAUCUCAAGUCUUUAUCACAGUCACACGCAACUUGUGCAUUCCUGUUUCUCAAGUGAAAGUUUCAGAUAUUAAAGAUGUUUACAUGAGUGUAGAUGGAUAUGCUGACAUUCAACUAGGCAUAAAGCAGCCAUCCGUCUUUGAUGUGCCUCCUGAGUGUAAAGGUGCAAUACCAUUGUAUUCAGACAAGUAUACCAUCUACUACUAUUAUGACUACACUAACCAACGUAGAGCUUUUUUCUGGAAUUUCACUUACUCAGACGGCGAGGUUUUGCCUUAUGAAAUUCUUGUGCUGUACAGUGGACCAAAUGUAGGCUAUUGCAAUUAG